AUGUCCCUCGAUUCUGUUAUGCUCGUCGGUGGCUCAGGCUUCCUUGGCCUUCACCUUAUUCAACAAUUUUAUGAAGUCAAUCCUCGACCACAAAUUAGCGUCUUUGAUAUCAGACCUUUACCUGAAAAGAUCUCCAAGUACUUCACCUUCGAUCCUGCAAAGAUUCACUGCGUCGUGGGGGACCUCUCUUCUAAGGAGGAUGUUACCAGGGCCAUUAAAGAAUGCCAUCCAACUGUCAUCGUGCACUCUGCUUCUCCAAUAGCAGGUAUGGCUAGAGAGAUCUAUGAGAAGGUCAACAUUCAAGGUACCAGAAACCUGAUUGCCUGUGCCAAAGCAAGCCACGUCAAUUAUCUCGUCUAUACGUCGUCGGCUGGUGUCAUCUUCAAUGGCCAGGACCUCCAUAAUGCUGAUGAAUCAUGGCCCAUUCCAGAGGUCCCAAUGGAUGCCUAUAAUGAGACUAAAGCAUUGGCCGAGGAGAUGGUUUUAAAGGCCAACUCACCAACUGAAAACUUCUACACGGUUUCUCUUAGACCUGCUGGUAUUUUUGGUCCCGGUGAUAGACAGUUAGUUCCCGGCUUGAGACAGGUAUUGAAAAAUGGACAGACCAAGUUUCAAGUUGGUAACAACGACAACCUAUUUGAUUGGACUUAUGUCGGUAACGUAGCUGAUGCGCACGUUCUGGCUGCCCAGAAGCUACUUGAUCCUGAUUCUCGUGACUCUGUGGCUGGUGAAAAAUUCUUUAUUACUAACGAUGCUCCUACAUACUUCUGGAAUUUGGCUAGAACCGUCUGGAAGGCCGAUGGACAUGUCGACAACUUCAAUAUUGUUCUCAACAGACCUGUUGCUAUCAUUAUUGGUUAUUUAUCCGAGUUUUUCUGUGGCUUGAUAGGCAAAGAACCCGGUCUUACUCCAUUCAGAGUCAAGGUUGUCUGUGCUUAUAGAUACCACAACAUCUCUAAAGCCAGAAAGAUCUUAGGCUACAAGCCUAAUGUUGGUAUAGAACAAGGCAUCAGAUACACGCUUGAUUGGAUGGAUGAGACAAGUCAGUAG